AAGCGAACCCCACUUGUUCUCCCGCGCGUGCAAUUGCACCCCAUUGCGCGUUGCACGCCGUUGCAAUUGCACAAUAUCCGUGCAUUGCAAUCUUGCACCCGGUUAGCUAUCUAGGGCCCCCCCUUUGCAAAAUCAGGGCGUGCAAAGGGCAUCAUCUCUCUGGACCUUUUCUAUUUCCACUCUGGUGGAAGGGACCGGCGUGUUUCUUGGCUAACACGCGGGGCAGCACAGGCUUGGUCCGGACCGGACCCGGUGGGGGGAGGCGCCGAAGCCUUGCUGCGAGUCUCUGCUGGGCUGGGGACGGUCCCGGGGCCUCCUUCCAUGAAUCCGGAUUCCCAGGAAGCGCCAACAAGCACGCUAUCCAGGUCAAUCGGCAUCGUAUAAAGAGAAGAAAAAGGAGUGAAAAUCAGAAGCAACGGAACGCAAGAGCAUAAAAAGGAGAGGAAAUUUAAAUUUCCAUUAAAUUUUAAUUCGCAGCAACCUCGUUCACGAUAAAAUUGGAGCAACUGAUGCAUAUUAUUUUAAAAAAACAAAGCUAAUAUUUUGGGGGGGGGCACAAUUUAUCCAGCCUAUCCCCCCUAUAUGAAAAAGGAAAUGGACACAAUGAUUUUUGGUGGGUUUUGUCCUGCCUUUUUUAAUGUUCAUUUUACCUCUGUUCUUUUGAUGGAAUUUGGACUAAAACGUCCUGUGGUUAUUAUAGAAAUGAAUAUAUCUGUGGAAGCGUUAUUCUGAAUAAUAGGCCUCUCUGAACAUUUCCUGUGUUCAGCCUCUAUCUGGGGAUUAAAUCUGGAAGGAUGCCUUCAUUUCUGAGAAAGGCAUUAUAUCUCUCCAUCAGGGGUCAUCAGCUGAGCCACAAUGCUACUUUUCUUUCAUAUCUUUCUCUUUCGGCAUUAAAACCUUCCCUACAUCAUGCUGCUCCCUCCAGGAAAUAUUGCUCAAAGACAAACAAGGAUACAGUGGACAUGUCGUUGUUUCCUGCAGAAAAUAUUAGAAAUUUUAGCAUAGUCGCCCAUGUGGAUCACGGAAAGAGUACGCUAGCAGAUCGGCUGCUGGAAAUAACAGGAGCAAUUGCCAAAACAGACCAUAAUAAGCAGGUGCUGGAUAAACUGCAAGUGGAGCGCGAAAGAGGCAUCACGGUGAAGGCUCAGACGGCCUCCCUCAUUUAUAACCACGAAGGAACAAAUUACCUCUUGAACCUCAUUGAUACACCUGGCCACGUGGAUUUUAACUAUGAAGUGUCACGGUCGUUGUCAGCCUGCCAAGGAGUCGUGUUGGUUGUAGACGCAAACCAGGGUAUCCAGGCUCAAACAGUAGCGAACUUUUACCUCGCAUAUGAAGCACAACUUUCAAUCAUUCCCGUUAUAAAUAAGAUCGACCUCAAGAAUGCCAACCCAGGGAUGGUGGAAGCUCAGAUUGAAAACACCUUUGAUAUUCUCAAAGAAGAUUGCAUUCGAAUUUCAGCUAAACUCGGAACAAAUGUUGAAAGAAUACUUCAGGCGGUGAUUGAACGGAUUCCCCCGCCGGCGGUUAAUAUCCAUGAGCCCUUGAAGGCGCUGGUGUUCGAUUCCACCUUCGACACCUACAGAGGGGUGAUCGCCAACAUCGCACUGUUCAGUGGAGAAAUCCACAAAGGCCAAAAGAUCACAACGGCUCACACUAAGAAGGUUUACGAAGUGAAUGAAGUAGGGAUUCUGACACCCGACCAGCGGCCAACCGAUAAACUAUAUGCUGGCCAGGUUGGCUACCUGAUUGCUGGAAUGAGAGAGAUUAUGGAUGCUCAAAUAGGAGAUACGGUGUAUUUGCAUAAUCAGCCGGUGGAACCGUUUCCUGGGUUUAAAUCCGCAAAACCAAUGGUCUUUGCAGGAGUGUUUCCAACGGACCAGUCCGAAUAUUCUAACUUGAAGGGAGCCCUGGAAAAACUGACCCUUAAUGACUCCAGUGUAACCGUUCAACGGGAUAACAGCCUGGCGUUGGGGGCCGGAUGGAGGUUGGGGUUCCUUGGCCUUUUACAUAUGGAAGUUUUUAAUCAGCGCCUGGAACAAGAACACAACGCCUCGGUCAUUUUGACAGCUCCCACGGUUCCCUACAAGGCCAUCCUUUCUUCCCCCAAAUUGAUAAAGGAACACAGAAAAGAGGAAAUCACGAUCGUGAAUCCCGCCGAGUUUCCUGACCAAUCCAUGGUGACGGGAUACCUGGAGCCGAUAAUCCUAGGCACUAUCGUGACCCCUAAAGAAUAUAUUGGACAAAUAUUAGCCCUUUGCCAGACUCGAAGAGCGGUUCAGAAGGACAUGGUGUACAUGGAUGACUACAGGGUCAUGUUGAUUUAUCUCUUCCCGCUGAACGAAAUUGUGGUGGAUUUCUUUGAUGCGUUAAAAUCCUUAUCGUCUGGUUAUGCCAGCUUUGACUAUGAAGAUGCUGGGUAUCAGCCUGCAGAUCUUGUCAAAAUGGAUAUUUUUUUAAAUGGAAAAUCUGUGGAAGAGCUGAUAACUAUUGUUCCGAGAGAGAAAGCCUACUCUGUUGGUAAAUCCAUGUGCGAGCGAUUAAGGGACCUCAUCCCACGACAAAUGUUUGAAAUUGCGAUCCAGGCAGCUCUCGGCAACAAAAUAAUUGCCAGAGAAACGGUGAAAGCUUUUAGAAAGGAUGUGCUGGCAAAAUGUUACGGAGGUGACAUUACCAGGAAAAUGAAGCUUUUGAAGAGGCAAGCCGAAGGGAAGAAGAAUGAGGAGAAUUGGAAACGUGGAAGUGCCAAAGGACGCCUUUAUCAAAGUUCUCAAGAAACAGCUUGACAGGUAGCUGGCUUCCAGCUGUUGGGCAAAGCCAAGCUUGAGGAAUUGUUGAGCCAGCUGUUUACAAACCGAGGACUACCUUGAAUUGGAUCUCACCUGUUCCGUGUACAGAUUUGGCAUCGUUCUAAUGGACCCAUCCAAUGAAGCAGCAAAACUAAAAAAAUCUAAAAUACAGUUUAACAUCUGA